AUUUUGCAGGAAGAUGGAAUUUACUGCGCCAAUUGUUUCUCGUGCUGUAACACUAUUUGGCAGCGGAAGAAGAGGGGAAGGUUUUUGGCCAUAGAAUCGGUGUUGCCAUCAAACGGAGACUGGCUUGGCACAGGGGACAAACGGGAGACGAAAAUAUCCUUCAUAUCUUGCUAUAAUUUCACAAUAAAGCGGGUCUUCGCAGAGACCUGACGUGACUGUCAUCCCUGAACAGAGCCAUCCGCCUGCUCCGAAGUCAGUCCUUAACCAUCAUUGGACAAUCUGGGUUGAAUAUUAUAAUCCGUCCCUAUCCCUUUUUUCAGCUUUCACUGGGUAUCAUAUAGACACUUUACUUUUUAACUCCCUCCCUCCCACUGGGCAAAAACUGGUUGAAUAAAAGUUGUUUCCUCAUCAUUUCAACCCCCCAAAAACAACAUGUUGACGUUGAAUCAACGUGGAGAAAUAAUUGGAUUUGCAAAAAGUCAUCAACAUAAGGGCAUUUCGUAAUUUUUUCACCCAACUUUUAACCUAAAUCCAAUGACAUGGUGACAUUUUUUGUUGAUUUCAUGUUCGUUGACAACUCAACCAAAUGCAAAUCAAAACUAGAUGUUGAACUGACGUCUGUGCCCAGUGGGCAGUUUCCAUUUUCUGAAUUGGUUGCCAUAUAGAUUUUCACUUUCUCACUUCCUCUGACUGGACCCACUGGAUUAUAUUAAGAUUUAUUCCCUGGCUGUUGUCCAUCUCUCUGGGCUAUAACAUAAAUCAUUAAUGUUUUCAUUACGUUCAUAUUUUUAGACCCCAGACUUGGUACCAUAGAUAUUUUCACCCUAGUCUGGCAGCUAGGCUGCUCCCCUAUAUGCUGAUGAAUGAAGACCCCAUUCAGGAAGAGUGCGCCGGGCCAGAGAUCCAGAGCUGAUGCAGGGCACUCAGGUGUUUCUGCAAAUAUGAAGAAAAAGAACUCCCACAAGAAACAAAAGAACAGCAUGGGCCCCAACAAGGCAGUGUCGUCGGUGCCGCGGCGUAACAUCGUGGGCUGUCGUAUCCAGCACAUCUGGAAGGAGGGGAGCGCUACAUCUCAGUCGCAGUGGAAAGGCACGGUGCUGGACCAGGUGCCCGUCAACCCCUCGCUCUACCUCAUCAAGUACGACGGCUUCGACUGUGUCUAUGGCCUGGAGCUGCAUAAAGAUGAGAGGGUACAGGGCCUCGAGGUGCUCCCUGACCGUCAAUCCUCUACGCGCAUCAGCGACGUCAACCUGGCUGACACAAUGAUAGGGAAGGCAGUGGAGCACAUGUUUGAGACGGAGGACGGAACUAAAGACGAGUGGAGGGGCAUGGUUCUGGCCCGGGCACCCAUCAUGAAUACCUGGUUCUUUAUCACCUACGAGAAAGACCCCGUCCUGUACAUGUACCAGCUCCUAGACGACUACAAGGAGGGAGACCUGAGGAUCAUGCCUGACUCAAAUGACGCUACGCCGGCGGAGCGGGAGCCGGGGGAGGUGGUGGACAGUCUGGUGGGGAAACAGGUUGAGUACGCUAAAGAGGACGGCUCCAAACGAACUGGCAUGGUCAUCCACCAGGUGGAGGCCAAACCCUCCGUCUACUUCAUCAAGUUCGACGACGACUUCCACAUCUACGUCUACGACCUAGUCAAGACCUCCUAAAGGCCACCUUUGACCUCUGACCCCCUUUUCACACUACUGAGCCGAAUCGAGCAGUGCUGGUCUGUUUACGUGUCUAUCCGCCAUUGCUGAAAAGGACUAUGUGGGGGGAAAAUAUUUCAUAGCGAGCCAGUAUAGCCUGGUUCGGGUCAGCACGGUAGUGUGAAAAGGCUACUGGGUCGCUGGGCCCAGAGGACAGGAGGCCUGUCUGGGGAGUUAACGAUGGAUGCGGAGGUUGUGGGGAAACUCUACCAUGCAGGAAAGACGAUCAACCACCACCAUCACCACAUGGGACCUUAUCUUAUCCACCAAUUGUCCCAAAAUAUCUCUUCAACGUUUCGUGCAAAUGCUUCUUUGAGAUGUGACAGACGGACAGCUGGAUUGGAUAUUUCACUGAAGCCUUUGGAUUUCUACUCAUGAAACAUCUCUGAUAGCUCUAGUCAGAGAAGGAAAAAUGGGGCACUGUGCAUCUGAAUUAGUGGCCACAAUUUGUUUCGUCCACUGUCUAUCCCCUGUAGUUGAGUGAUCCUAUGGAUACAUCCCAUCAAUCUCUAAGGGAAGGGACAGGGAAAAGAUAUCAAGCCUUAUAUUUGCACACUGCAUAUAAAGUUGGUUGGCAUCUCAUUCGAUUUUUUUCAUUGAUUUGAUGACCAAACCAGUCAUAGCAAUGUAUCUCCUAUAUAUGUGUGAGUGUAUGAGCUCUUGUUUUUUUUUUGUUUUUUUUGUACAUGCAGUUCUGGAGUCCCCAUAUCUUACGGUGGUCAGUAACUACAGUACUUGGGUUUGUUUCAGUCUCGUAGAAUCAUUCAAACCCUGACUAUGAUUACAUUUGUUUCUUUGCGAUGUUGAAAGAUAUGCAACAACAUAUGCAGUGAGCAAAGAAAUGUGUAGAAGUUACGAGAGGGAGGUGACCAGAGUUUUAAAAGGAUGCUUUGAGAUUUUGGCAAUGAGGCCCAUCAUUUACUUACCCAGAGUCAGAUGAAGUCGUGGAUACCAUGUGUAUGUCUCUGCGUGCAGUUUGAAGGAAGUUGCUAACUAGCGCUAAUGCAAUUGCUAACUAGCGUUAGCAUAAUGACUGGACGUCGUUGCCAAAAUCCCAAGGUAUCCCUUUGAUUCAAACGUUUUAUUUUUUUUUCCAAGAACUUGUUUACUUUAUACUGUAUUUAAUGUAUAUUCAUAGAAAAUGAUAGUUUGAUACAGAUUUAGUUCUAUCACAGCACUAAUUUCAAAAAAUCUUCUUAGAAAACAUAGAGGAUUUAAGAGCACUUGUUUGUUUGAGUUUUUUUGUCUGAAAGGACAAUUAUAUUUUGAUCAUCUCAACAACACUAUUCAAAAAUGGUUAACCAGUGAGAGCGUUAAUCUGUUGUCCUGAGAAAGAUUUUGUUUAAUAUGCCUUGCCAAAUCCCUCGACCCUUAUAAUUCAUUAUUCAUUCAUAAUAACAGCAAUAAUUAUUCAGAUAAUAAUUGUUUAUUGUUGUUCCUGUAUUCAUAUGUGUACAACAGUUUGUUUUGUUGGGAAAAUCUAUUUUCAUUACUUUUUUACUUAAUCAUCACAUUCUUCUUGACCUCUGUGUUAAACACACUUUCUGUUUAAUUGUUCUAGUAAUAUUUUAGUAAACUGUUUUCUCAUGCCUUUUAAAAACUGAAGAUGGUAUGGUAAAAGCACUGCAAAGUAAGACAAUUAUUUAGAAGUAAAAAUUCCAUA